AUGGCUAAUAACGAAGCUGCGGAGUGUUUGACGGUUGAUAUUGAAAACCCCAUUCGUCAUGGCGACGACAGUGAUGACGAUGGACUCGAUGGCUUGGAGACGGCGGAGUCUUAUGAUGAGUUCUAUCUAGAUGUAGAACAGGCUGCCGAAGAGGAGAAGGCUAAGGUUCAUGCUGGAGAGCUAAGAAUACUGCACGGAACCGGCAACACGGAAGAGUUUCUGUCGAGGACAAUGGCAGACGAUUUUAACGCAGCACAGGCCCUAGACAUGCUUCAACAUAGGUACACGAUCGACUACGGACGACGGUCUUCUGGUUCAAAACCCGCUAGUCAGGCCGACGAAUACUACCCAAUCUUUCAUCUAGACAUGAUUAGCAUCGUUGGCCAACCGUUACGGCCGAUUAUAUACAAGAGCUCAUUCUUUGACAAUGUGGAUUUCACCUUCCAGCACUGGCAAGCGCCAUAUAGCUCCAAGCAUGCUGUUAGCAGUCUCCCGUUUGAGCUUACAAACCGAACAUUCCGCUUGGCCACUGGAGCUUCACGCGAAAUCUGGUUUAUUGUGAUGCAUCCUUUGCGACCUGAAGCAGUUGGAAUUCCCACGCCACGAGCAGGAGCAAGAAGUCGAAGCCACGUCCUAGGGUCUAGCGAGCGGAGCGCGAUGAGAAGACAUCGCGCCGAGGCUCUAGCCGGGUACAUCAAGGACCUCUUCUUGGACGGCACGCUAAUAGGGGAAGGCGUCGAGCCAUCAGUUCCAGACACUCUUUAUGGACAAGUGGCCAACUUUUUUCGGCUGCAUGCGUAUGACGAGUUCUGGUGCGACCAACAGCCUGCGUUUCACGCAUACGACCAUGGAGCAAACAUUAAGAUUGAGGUCAAUCAAGCUCUAGAAUAUCUCCCAAGAGAGGCACGUCUCCGCACAGACGAGAAUGGAAGCGGAAGCGACAGCGAGAGCAGUGAAGAAAGCGAAGAAGAGGAUGGAGAAGGGUCUUUAUUUGUCCGGGAAGGCCGCUCUGGCAGGGAGAUUACGACUGGGAUUAUCGAAGGUAGCAAUAACAACGGCAGCAACAAUGAUGAAGGGCUUAUUGAAACAGCAAAUCAGGUGGACGAGGCAGCACACAGGGAGCUAUAUACGGACGGCUUAGAGCAGCUUCGCGUAGAGCUUGAGCAGAAGUAUAACCUGGAGCAUAUUGCGCAGAUUUCCUACGCGAUAGCUGCUGACAUCCACGGCCAAGAAGGCUCGUCAACAGUUGCCGAUCAAAGUGGUGACGAUGCCGAGCAGGAACGCUACGAACACAGACAAAUCCAAGUCUACCUGAACGGAACAGGUUGCAGGGGCAGAGCAGUCAAUGAUGGGACGAUAUUAGGAAAGUGGGGAUCGCAUAUUCCUACAGAAUACUUCAUCCCUAAUUCUGGAUCAGCAUCGACCAGGUUUUGCGGUCAGGCAAAAGAAUCGGACUUUACCCCUGUCGCGGUAAUUCCAAUCUACCCCCUGAAAGUGGCGCAUGAAAUCCACCUCUACGUAGAUUGGGAUAAAGUCUUACCAUUGUAG